UAUCGAAGGGUCAUCAUCGUCAAUAAAUUUGCCACUAUCAGCAGUGUUUUGUUCGAUCGCUUUUUUACACAUCGAUCGUGGACCUCAUUUGCAAGUGGAAAGAGUGUCUGUUAAUCAGUUUGCCCUGGACAGUGGUUGCGUGAAAUUCAAGAAAAUGCUGAUAAAGCUAGCUCUGUUAACUUUUUGCCUAAUUGGGUGUCCCGCUUACGGUGCCGGUCGCAAUUUUUGGCGUGGUCAAAAGUUUACUCUAGAUGGUCCGACGAAACACCCGGUUUUCAAAGGAGUCAACUCCGACGUUCAAAGCCUCUGGUUCGAUCAGCUGCUGGAUCAUAACGAUCCCACCAAUCCGACCACCUGGAAGCAACGGUACUACGUGAACGAUGGAUUCUUCAAAAACAGCAACGGUACCGGCCCGGUGUUUCUGAUGAUCGGAGGAGAAGGUGAAGCCACGGAACGCUGGAUGACGGAAGGCGCUUGGAUUCAUUAUGCGCAGCAGUAUGGUGCACUUUGCUUCCAACUGGAGCAUCGCUUCUACGGCAAAAGCCGUCCUACGGAGGACUUGUCCACUAAAAAUUUGGCUUACUUAAGCUCGGAGCAAGCGCUUGCCGAUUUGGCUUACUUCAUUGCAGCGAUGAACGAAAAGUACCAACUGAACCGGAGUAAUCGUUGGAUUGCUUUUGGCGGGUCGUAUCCCGGCUCGUUGGCCGCUUGGGUACGUGUAAAGUACCCAUAUUUGGUGCAUGGUUCCAUCAGUACCAGUGGUCCACUGUUGGCUAAAAUCGAUUUCAAGGAGUACUAUGAAGUGGUGGUCGAUUCACUGAAGCGCUACUCGCCCGAGUGUGUCGAGGAUGUGCAGAGUGCAAUGUCCCAGGUGGAAACGCUACUCAAGCACAUGAUUGGCCAGCGCAAUUUAAAUGAGAAGUUUAAGCUCUGCGAUCCGGUGGAGAAGUCCAUUUCGAAUGGUUUGGAUAUAUCGAAUUUGUUCGAGGCAAUUGCUUCCAACUUUGCCGGGGUGGUUCAGUACAAUAAGGACAACAGCCCGCAUGCAAGGCUCACGAUUGAUGAAGUUUGCGAUGUUAUGACGAACAAUAGCAUUGGGGCACCAGUUUCGAGAUUGGCUGCAGUUAACGCGAUGGUUAUGAAGCAGGAGAAGCAAGAAUGUUUGGAUUUUGUGUACGACAAGACAAUUAUGCAGAUGCAGAACACUUCCUGGAACUCGGAUGUUGCCAAGGGAGCUCGCCAGUGGAUCUACCAAACCUGUAACGAAUUUGGCUUCUAUCAAACGUCGGACAAUCCCAGCUCGGUGUUUGGCGAUCGCUUCCCGGUUGACUUUUUCGUACGCCAAUGCGUUGAUGUAUACGGCAGAAGGUUUGACCAGCAUGCGCUGAAUCGUGCCAUCUAUCGAACCAACAACAACUACGGGGCGCUGAAUCCGUCGACAACCAAUGUCCUAUACGUGCAUGGUUCGAUCGAUCCGUGGCAUCGGUUGGGCUUGACGGACAGCAGCGACAUCAAUAUGCCAACCAUUUUCAUCGACGGAACUGCUCACUGUGCCAACAUGUACGAACCCAAGGAGGACGAUUUCCCACAGCUGAAAUCCGCACGAACUCAAAUCAGUAGCUUUAUUGGCACUCUGUUGAAAAUGGACUACGAUUAGGUUACAAUAUU